ACUUUGCUACUUUUACUAAAAAUAAAAUCUACCCCUAAUUGAUCAGUAAUAAGUGUAUAAAUAUACAUUAUAUCUUUUGAUUUACGUUCUCAAAAGUGAAAAUGUUUGGCAAGUGGGGACCGUUUCUGCAAAUCGUACUAGUGGGGGUUGCGCUGCCUGUUUCGAGAGCCAAAAAAACAGAAGACUUCUCAAUAAUGGAAUUAAUCAAUGUAGAGCAUGUACAGAAACUUUUAGAAGACAGAAAAAGAAACUUAUCUUCGCUGGAAAAGCAACCACGUCAAAACUACUAUUACAAGAACGAAAUAGAAGAAUUGCAAACAAAUGUUAACGUAAAAAAUAACAUGUCAGAUAACAAAAGCAAUUGUAAAAACGUACCGGUGAAAAUUUCUUCAAAAUCAGAUUUACUAAAAGGUAUGAACGGUAGAAAAAUGUUAAAAUCAUCGAAAAAUGCCCUUCUAGUAACCAAGAAGGAAUACCUUCAAAAGGAUUGGUGUAAAACCGAGCCCUUAAUACAAAGAAUUAAAGAACCAGGGUGUUUGGCUAAAAAUAUAAUUAACAAAUUUUGUUACGGUCAAUGUAACUCAUUUUAUAUACCGAUCUCUUCAAACGAAGAAGAAAAGGUCCCGAAGGAAUCGGCCUUUAAAUCGUGUUCCUUUUGUAAACCUAGAAGAACCGUUUGGGUCACAGUUUUGUUGCGUUGUCCACAAAAAGUUCCACUUUAUAAGAAAAAAAGGGUAGAAAAGAUUAAGCAAUGCAAAUGUGUUGGUAUAGAAGCGAAUUAA